UAAAAAGAACCCAGAAUUCAUGGCGGGAGCUCUGAGAUCAUUGAGGCCUCUUGCGCGUACUCUAUGUACUGUAACAAGACCUACCUCCUCUCUCGCUUUCCGUUCUACAGCCCCAAGGGCAAUUUCUACGCCGCUGGCACGCAGCUUCAUGACUACGAAACCUGCAUUUGGCAGUGGCGAAAGUGAUCUUGCUCUCUCGCAGAAAUUGGCUGAAGAACUGCAGUAUGAGAAGGAAACUGCGCCCUCAGAGUUGGUCCCGGCUUUCCUUGAGACUUUCAAAAAGGACCGUAUAUGGACGAUCGAAGACAAGGAUGGACUUGAUGAGGUGUCCUUGACGCGUCAAUUCGGCAACGAGACAAUUCGUGUACUCUUCUCUAUCGCAGAUAUCGACUCUACUCCGGAUGAUCCUGAAUUCGUCGACGGAGCUGAGGGCGAGGAAUCUGAAUCAGGGCAUACCUUUCCCGUCCGUGUCAGCAUCACUAUCACAAAACCAAACAGCGGCGCCCUUUCAGUUGAUGCGGUCGCAGGUGAUGGAGCAUUUGUUGUCGACAACAUCGCAUUCUACCAAGAUGCCAAACUUGCAACAGAAUUAACUGCUGAAGCUGAUUGGAAACGUCGUGGUCUGUAUAUUGGACCACAGUUUGGCCACUUAGAUGUUGCUGUCCAAGAACUUUUCGAGCAAUACCUUGAGGAGCGUGGAAUUAACUCUUCCUUUGCUGUGUUCAUACCAGAGUACGCCGAGAUGAAGGAACAGAAGGAGUAUGUCAAAUGGCUCUCAACUGUCAAGCAGUUCAUCGACGUGUAGGGCAUUUGAGAGAGAAAAAUGUCGGAAUUUCUCAUUUUUCAUAAAAAAAUCUUAUUGCCAAGUACUGCUUCACCAAUAUGAUUAUUCUCAUAUCCCUGUUCUGAAUUUCAUUGACUCCCCCUGAAUUUGCUGGACCAUCACCGUCGUGGAAGGUGCUCGAAAUCCCGCG